CGUCGCCCGCCGCUUCCGGGAGGCGCGUUGGCGCAGGCGCCGCCCGCCUGCGCGGCCCGCGGCGCAGGCGCGGUGGGAGCGGCGCUCGGCGCGGCGGCGGUGCGGGGAGCGCGGCCGUGGUCGGGCGGCGCCGAGUUGCAAUGGAAAGUAAUGGGAGUAAUGCUAAGGAUGCUAAGAGCGCCUCAGAUGAAGAGGACAGUGGCGAUAGAGUUCAACAGAAAACUCGGGAGGAUAUUCUCUUCCAUGAGGAAACCAUUGAUCUUGGUGGAGAUGAAUUUGAGUCUGAAGGGAAUGAAACCAUAUCAGAAGAUUCUAAUAAUUUUAUAGAUAAACUUAAUGAACAGAUGAUGGAGAGUGUCAUUAUUUCAGAUUCUCCAAACAACAGUGAAGAUGACACUGGUGAACUUGGUUGUCUGCAGGAGAUUGUAGAACAAAUGGAAGCCAAAGACAAUCAAAAAACAGCUGCAGAAGUGAGUAAGGAAGCGUUUUUAAGUAAUGAGAGUGAAACUGAACAUGAAGAAACACCCAAAGACAUUUCUGAGAUUGGAACAGAUGAUCAGGCAUCUUUAAAGGAAGAAUCAAUUCAGGAAGCAGUGAAAGAGGAACUGAAGUUGAUAAACAGCAUUCCUGUUGAGAGGAGACCAAAUAAUAUUGAUGAAAGCAAACCUGAGGAUCCAAUAUCGUUACCCAGUACUGGCAAACCAACUCCUGAGGCUGAGCCUAUCCCUGUGUGUACCAUUUUCAGCCAAGCAAACAAUGUUAAUACUCAGCCACAGUUGUUCCUGCAUGAUGGUUUUGAGCCUCAGAUGGUAAAAUCUCCGAGUUUUAGUAGUAUAAUUGAGACUCCAGUGAAGUCUAAUCCACAGGUGGUUCAACCAAGUCCUAGUCUAAGCAAGUUCUUUGGCGAUACUGUUAACACUAAUACUUUAGCUUCUGAUUUUUUUGAUUCAUUUACCACAUCCAGUUUUAUUUCUGUCAGUAAUCCCAAUGCAAGCUCUUCAGUCCCAGAACAAAUGUCCUCUAUUUCUUCUACUGGAGACAGUUCUCAUGCUUCACCUGACCCUACUUUUUCUGUAGGAAACGGGAGAACCGAAGCAGGUGGUCCUCCAAACUCUUUAGAAAUAUCUCAGUCCCCCAAGCCGUUCUCACAAAUCCAAGCUGUUUUUGCUGGGAGUGAUGAUGCAUUUGCCACAGCCUUGAAUAUGAGUGAACUAGACAGAAGAAAUGAUGCUUGGCUUCCUAGUGAGGAAACAAGAAAUGUUUUAAUUUCAGUUGCCACACAACAGUACAGCACUGUGUUCAUAGACAAAGACAAUCUCACUAUGCCCGGAUUAAAAUUUGAUAAUAUCCAGGGAGAUGCAGUGAAAGAUUUAAUGCUUCGCUUCUUGGGUGAACAAGCUGCAGUGAAGAGACAAGUUUUAAAUGCCAACUCCGUAGAACAGUCAUUUGUAGGCUUGAAACAGCUAAUUAGCAGUAAAAACUGGAGGGCAGCAGUUGACCUGUGUGGGCGACUUCUAACUGCCCAUGGUCAAGGCUAUGGAAAAAGUGGACUACCUACUAACCAUACAACAGAUUCUUUGCAGCUGUGGUUUGUGAGACUGGCAUUACUGGUAAAAUUGAGUCUCUUCCAAAAUGCAGAAAUGGAAUUUGAACCAUUUGGAAAUUUAGACCAGCCUGAUCUUUAUUAUGAAUAUUAUCCUCAUGUAUACCCUGGACGAAAAGGUUCCAUGGUUCCUUUCUCCAUGCGAAUUCUACAUGCUGAACUUCCUCAGUACCUAGGUAAUCCUCAGGAAUCACUUGAUAGACUGCACGGUAUGAAGAUAGUCUGCACCAAGAUAUUAGAAAAUUUGGAACAAGGCUUAGCUGAAGAUGGAAGUAUGACUAACAUUGCACAGGAGAACAGACAAGCCUCUGUUCAGCUGUGGAGGUCACGUCUGGGCCGGGUGAUGUACUCCAUGGCAAACUGUCUGCUAAUGAUGAAGAUGGAAAAAAGCACUGAGUUGCCAUCCCAAACAGCGGCAACACUGGAAGCUUGCUUUACUUUUGAUUGUGAAUUCUCUUUAGCACUUUCAGACUAUGUGCUUGCUGUAGAUGCUUAUCACACCGUCAUCAAAUAUUAUCCACAGCAAGAGCCUCAGCUGUUGAGUGGAAUUGGAAGAAUUUUCCUUCAGAUCGGAGACAUAAAAACUGCAGAAAAAUAUUUUCAAGAUGUAGAGAAAGCGACUCACAAAUUGGAUGGACUGCAGAGCCAAAUUAUGGUUUUAAUGAACAGAGCAUUUCUCCACCUUGGUCAGAAUAAUUUUGCGGAAGCUCAUCGAUUCUUCACAGAAAUUUUAAGGAUUGACUCAUCAAAUGCUGUGGCUAAUAACAAUGCUGCUGUUUGUCUUCUUUAUCUGGGAAAAUUGAAGGAUUCCCUCCGGCAGUUGGAAGGAAUGGUUCAGCAGGACCCUAAACACUACCUACAUGAGAGUGUUCUUUUCAACUUGACAACUAUGUAUGAAUUGGAGUCAUCUCGCAGCAUGCAGAAGAAGCAGGCCCUUUUAGAGGCUGUAGCUCUCAAAGAAGGUGAUAGCUUUAAUACUCAGUGUCUCAAGUUAGGAUAGAUCAUUUCCAACUAUUUUUUUCCAGCAAAGCUCAUUUUGAAAAUUGUAUAUACUCCUGCUAAUGUGUAAAUGUGAAAUAAAAUCUCUUGAACUAUGAA